CAUUCUUCACUGGCGGACAUCCAUCAAUCUAGCACCAUGAUGAUGCAACGAAGCCUUGGAUCCGUGCGCCGCGUGUCAGGCUCCCGAUGGGGCCGUCUUAUGUCCACCCUGUCAAAGGAUGAUGACUUGUCCAAGAAGGGCAAGGCCAAAAAGAUGUUGUUCCAGAAUGCGCUCGCGGACGCGCCGCAGAAGCCCACGGGAUUCACCGACAACGACGAAAUCGAGCAAUUGCGCAAAAAGGAGGCCGCUGCCCCCGUGUUCUUCACGGAUGAAGAGCUUGAUUCCGAAUACGGCAAGUUCAAGUCCAUCAUGGACUCCGAUGACGACGACAACGAAGAGUCCGACUACGUCCCCGUCCGCGGCCGUGUGGAAAACGAAAUGAUCAUGGCGGAUAAGACAUGGCCGCUGACUUCUGGGUCCGAUCUGUGGAUGGACUUGAUCCAGAUCCCGAAGGACGGAAAGUUGGAAGAUAACGAACGCGAGUUGGUGCUGAAGGCGGCCUUCGAACGCAUGGGCCACACUUCGGUGUGGGACGUGCAACUGCCGACAAUGAGCGUGGACGUGCCGGAGGACGACCCCGACUACAAGGCUUUUGCCGUCAUGAAGCAAGCGUUGAUGAACAAUGGACGCAUCAAGAUGGCCGACAAGAACGAGAUCAUGACCAUGUUGGUGGACGAAGUCACGCGCCUGCGUGCCGACAAGACGGACUUGAUCCCCGGCUUGAAUUUAGACGAAGACUAAGUAGUAUAGUAGUUGCCCUGGCAUCAUGUAUCUACUGCUUUCACUUGCACUCGUACGAUUUAGCCACAUCUCUAGCGUUUCCCUACCGACGAAUAUGCUACAAAUAGAGAAAGAAG